AUGAUGAGUAAUCAGCCAAUUCCAGUUGUAAAUGACAAGUUUGUAAGAUUGGCUAAUGGUGAGGAAAUCACUCCGAAAUUACCGUUUAAAUUCUAUGGCACAAACGUUCGUGCACUAAAGAUGCGCAUUUAUGAAAACACAGUUGUAAUAGAAAUGAAAGCAGAAGAGGAAAUAGGAAUAAUUUCCACCUACUUAAAAGAGGGUGCGCUGUCUGCACUUGAGAUUUCAAAUAAGAAUGUUACAUUGAAGGUGUUAUAUCUCAUACGCCCGAACGGGAAGAUAUCUUUUUAUUAUGAGAACGUUCCUGAGGAAGUCGGGAUAAAUGAAACGUCAUCGAGUGUUUACGGUCGAUUCCCUUGCGAAGUAGAAGCACCGAUAUAUCCUAUUAUUACUGUUAUUGGAGAACGGAUCAAAACUGGAAUUUUGGUAGAGUAUGAAGUUUCUGGGGAUUGUCCAAAUCACAAUUCAAGUGAAGCAUGUAAAGGUGCAAAAACAUCGAACACAAUGUGUAUGUGGUGUGAACAUGCCAAUAUGUGCAUUACCAGUAAUGAUAAGGAUACUCAAAAAUUCAAAGUCAAUGGUUGCAGGAAUAAAAAUAGCGCGAUUAUCGGCGUUUCGAGUGAAACAACACUGAUCGAAGAAAAAGAAACAACUUCAACAGUAAAUGAAGCUGACUUAAGAAGUGAAUUGUGGCAGACAACUGAAAACUUUGAAACUCAUUUGACGAUCCCGAAUGUCAAAGUUUCGAGUAAACCAACAACUGUCGAACAAGAAGAUAAAUGGUACUCUAUAACUCGUUGUAAAAGAGGAGGUUUUCUCAUUAAAAGUUCUCAAUCAUAA